CAGUCGUCGAUCAGUGGGCAAUAUUGGCCUUUCCCAGCUGCAAGCACCUCAUUUUACCGUCCAUCUGAACCUCAACCAACAAAUCAGUUUACAAACCGGAUAGUGCCCUGUCGAACAGAGUCACCGAUUUCACUUGCAGCGAGCACGCCACCCUCUUCUUCUGCUGCUUCAAGUGAUUCUGAAGUAACGAAUGUCACCGCCAAAGGAAAUAAAUCGCGUGGCAAGUCUGCCGACUGGACUGAAGAAGAAACUUUUGAUCUUUUACAAGCAUGGGGCCCCAAGUACGAGAAACUUCGAAGUGCUUCGCAGCGAGAGAAAAUAGCCUUGUGGAAUGAAAUCUACUCCACGUAUAAAGAAUGCCAUCCGAGGAGUACAAGAACCCUGGCUCAGGUUAAAAAACGCCAGAAGAAUCUAGAGUACGAAUUCAAGCAACUAAAACAACGCACUCGUUCGACUGGAGAAGCCGGAAUAAAAUCGAUCAAAGACGGGUUUCCAUAUUUCGAUCUUUUUGACGAGGUGAUGGGUCAUCGCGAUAGCGUUGACCCGUCGAAAAUGGCUAUUGAGGGUAGCACAACGUUUGCAAAUGGUGAAAGUGGUGCUUCAAAUGCAGCUGCAGAUGUAACCGAAAUCUCGAGGAAUAGUUCGAUUGAAGAAACUCCUUCCACAGCCACAGACAUCGGGGAAAAAAGAAAGACAGACGAAAAGAGUCGAAGUAAGGUCAAAAGGAAGAGACGAGAUGUUAAAGAUGGUGGCGUUGCUCCUGAAUGGCAGUCAAAGUUUUUUGAAAUGUGGGAGCGCAGUAUGGAAGAAGACAACGCCAGAUACGAAAGGUCAGCUGAAAUGUUUCGUGAAGCGCAAAAUAAGCAGAUGGAGCAAACCAAUGCCAUUCUUGCUGGAUUCAAAGAUAUUUUCAAAGAUUUAGCGUCAAAAUAA